AUGGGUCAUACUUUUGUUGAUGGGUUAGAGGAAGCAUCCAAGAUGAAUCUUGAUUCGGCCUGUGGAGAAAGGCAGAUUGGGCAGUUAGUUGCAGAAAAAAAUCCCCGACCUAAUGGAGCACUCCCAAGUGAUACUGAGAAAAAUCCCAUUGAACAGGAACAAGCAAUAAAUCUAAGAAGUGGGAAAGCAUUAGAGGAGCUGCCACCUAAAAAGUAUGUGCCUAAAGAUGUUUUUGAAAGAUUGGUACCUCAACUAGAGGUAGUAGCUAAAAAGAAAGAUGAUGAACACAUACAAGAGAUAGAGGUAAGGCCACUACCGCCUUUUUCUCAAAGGUUGCAAAAGUCGAACGAUGUGUGUCCAAAGGAGUGCAGGGCUAGAGUACAGAGUAAGCUCCCGCCUAUGUUGAAAGAUCCAGGUUAUUUCACAAUUCCCUUGGCAAUUGGAAAAUACGAGGCUGGUAGAGCCUUGUGCGGUCUGGAAGCGAGCAUUAAUUUGAUGCCUCUAUCUGUUUUUAAGCAUCUCGAAUUUGGAGCACCUAGGCCUACCACUAUAACUCUACAGCUAGCAGAUCGGUCAUUAGUUGUGCCUGAAGGAAUAAUUGAAAAUGUGUUGGUACAAGUGGGGGUGUUCAUCUUUCCCGCUGAUUUCAUUAAUUUUGACUCUAUGGAUGAUGAGGAAGUUCCAAUGGGCGACCACUCUUGGCCACUGGAGGAGCACAUAUUGAUGUGA